UCAAUGUCAAUUCAAAAACGUCAACAGAUCAACAGACAUUGUGAUUUGUGAUCAGCGAUAGCGAAAGAUUAUGUUAUUGUUUAAAAGUUGGUGAAUUGUAAUUAAUUCUACUAAGUAUUACCUGUCCUACUCGUUGUUCUUCGGCUUUUACCAUGAUUUUCAAAGUAGUGCGGAUUGAUACAGAUGAUAAUCAGAAAAUAAAACUUCCGUUUGGUGUAUUUCCGAUUGGUCGGGGCCACUUUAAAAUUGAUGAGGAUAAAAGAAUAUCACGUAACCAUGCUCAGCUCGAAGUGACAACAGAUAAGCUCACCCUAAAAUCAUUACACAAAAAUCCAUGUUUCUACAUUAAAGAUGGCAAAGAAAUACAUAUAUUGAGACAGGAUUGUUCCGUAGAACUCAGUCAUGGUAACAAGUUCGGACUGCUACCAGAAGUAUUCUGGUAUGAAGUGCACAAGUUAACUGAUGAAGAUUCAAAUGAAAGUAACGAAGAUGAUACUGUACUUGUACCAAAUGGAGUUUCUGCAGAUAACAAUGAUCGCACAUCAACAAGUGAAGAUGAUGACCCUCAAGCUAACCAAAUUACUUCUGAACCAAACAAUACAGACACUAAUGGACUAUCACCACAAGUACCUUUAGUAGACAGUGCCAUUACUCCAACUAAACGGAACAAUACUUCUAUGGAUACUAGUCCUGUAGAUGUUAAGAAAGUUAAAACUGAGCCAGUGGACAGUAGUGCUGUGACAACAGAACCCAUGGACACAAGCAAUAUUCAGGUUGAGCCUACGGUACAAAACACAGAUGCGACAUCAGACAGCACUAUUGUAAAAGUUGAGCCUACAGAAAGUACCACUGUCAAAAAUGAACCCACAGAUAAUUCGGAUGUAAAGGUUGACCCUGACACUGGAAAUGCGGCAGGUCCGAGCGAUGUUCAACCUGGCACUUCAAAUAAUGACCAAAGUGGUGAUAAUGCUGCACCAUCGUCACCUGUAAAACCUACAGUGCGGUUACGAGAGAGAUGCUUUUAUGGAGCCAAUUGUUAUAGACGCAACCCUCAGCAUCGUGUGGACUUCUGUCACCCGAAUGACUCAGACUGGGGCACCGGUGACCAGGGACCGUGUCCCUAUGGCAGCGGCUGCAGGCGGCGCGACCCCAGACACUGGCAGCUGCACUCACACCCCGCGGGGACUGGCCCCCCCGCGCCCCGUCAACAUCCGCCAGGUAUGCGAAGAGUGGAACGUCACGGUAACAUCUACUACAUAAAUGCACACACAGUUAACUUUUACGACGACCAUUUUGAAACUGAAGAUUCAGAUGGGGACAGCGUCGAUUACGAUUAUGAGUUUUGAAAUAUGAAUGACUUUCAAAAAUUAUACAAAUAAAACUUUAAUUAUGUUAUAUAUUAUGAGAAGAAAUGUACUGUUUUUAUAAGUGAUAUAAUUUUAACCAGGUAAACAAAGGAAAAGGAGGCAAAGGAGAGUAUCUUUAAGUGAUGAAGACUCUCCUGUUGAUAAUCUCAUAGUGGUAGGAAAGAGGACUCGGAAAACUGUAAAUAGGCAAAGUUGGGGCGACUCUGACUCAGACGCAGCGGAUCCGUAUGGAACAGAUGAAUCCGAUGAGUGGCAACCUCCCAGUGAUGUACCAGACAGUGGAGAUUACUCUCAAGAUUUUUAGUUAAGUGUUAUUUUUCCUCAAUAAAAUUUGUUAUUUUUUCAACGAAA